CACGCCCCCGACCCGGGGGAGGAGGACACCACCAACCUCCUCAUAUCGCUGUCCAUCGGCCGCCACAUGCAAUUCAACAGGUCUCGGGACGCCUCCCCGCGCGUGCUCCUCCAGAUACUGCUGCCCGAGUCGCGCCUCCACCUGGCCUCCUUCGUCAUGGCGCCCUCGAAAUUUCCGCUGGCGAGCCGGUCCGGCCGCGUGGUGGUGCCCAACUACUCCGUGGUCUGCGUGCUGGAGCUGAAGCUGUCACUGAUCGCGCACAGCUGCACCGGCUGCCCGGGCGUCAUCCCUCUCAUCCACAACCUGUGCCACAGCGUCAGCACGAAGUCCGUCCUGCGGAAAAACAUAGGCUCGGAGUGGCAGAGGGAGUACGAAGCGGGGGCCUCGAUGGAGAUAUACCGCACCCCCCUGUCCCCCCACUUCCAGGGCAUGACUUUUGGAGAGGCGGCAGAAGUCGUGUACGGGGAAAUGGGCGGUAUCCUCAUCGCGGUGGAGGUCAUCACGAACAGGAAAGCGCAGCUGCACAAGGGGUCGUUCAUCGGGAUGGUUGGGGGCAGCGAGGAGGCGCAGUUCAGCCAGCUUUUCUUGGGGAACACAGAAUUG